AGGGGAACUUGUGGAAGCAAAAGAAAAAGUGUAAAAGGGGUGCAUGAAAUAGAACGAGAGGAAAAGAAGCAAAGCGGAAAGACUGGUGAGAGAGAAGUCAAGAGGAAGUGACAAAGUGAGAAAGAGACGGCAAACAUGAACGAAGAGAAAACGAGUAAGUGAAUGAAGAGAUGGAAGCAGACGGAAGGUGCGAGACCAGCUGUGGUUCAGGCCGUGGGAGGGGCAACGGCUCAGUUGGAGAAGACACCGCUGAUUAUGAGGACUCUUUUCUUUCCCUGAUUUUGACUAAACAGGGAAGGGACUCGAGCAUCCCCCUACUCCCCAUGUGCACGUUUCUGUGUGCAAGGAAGGAAGGAUAAACGAAAAGGAGGCAGAGAUAGCAAGGAAACUAGUUAUCGGGUGAGACACCAUCAGUCGACGCUAGGCAGUCGGUGAGGUCGUACGCACGCCGCUCGCAGGAUGCGGUUCGUUCGGCUGGCGGCGGCGCUCGGGGUGGGCGUCGCUUCGCUCGUAGCGGGACAAAAUCUCCGUCAAAACAGAGAUAAAACGGCCCGGCAGUAUUAUGGCUACAGCAACAGCAACAACAACAAUGGCUACAGCAGCGUGAGUAGCAGCCAGGCGAUGCAGCAGCCGGCCUCUGCCGCCCCCACCGCCCACAGCAACGGCUAUGCAAACGACUACACCAAUUACCAACAGCAAUACGGCUUCUACGACAACUACGGCAGCGCUUCGGACUACGCGCAAGACUAUGCCCCCGCAGCGACUUUCGGUUCCGGCGUCGCGGAAAACCCGGACUCGUCGCCGGCCCUCUCCGCGCUGGCACUGCUUGGCUUCCUGUAUUUCCUCAACCUCAUCCAGGAUGUCCUUCAGAACAACAACGGUCGCCGUCGACGGUCGCUUACCCCUCUCCAGGACGCGAUGGAAGGAGACCAGUUGAAACCAUUGGGGUCCUUGGAGUCCCUAGACGAAGAGCAGUUGAAGCCCUCGGGGGCCCUGGAGUCCCUAGACGAAGAGCAGUUGAAGCCCUCGGGGGCCCUGGAGUCCCUAGACGAAGAGCAGUUGAAGUACUUGGAAUCUGUGGGAAGCCUGGAGGAAGACAAGUUGGCGCUCUCGGAAUCCGCGGAGCCCGAGAAGGAUGAGCAGUUGGAAGAAAUCGCGUCUGAUCGGAACCAGAGUGGAAGGCGCCUCUCCUUCUUCGAGAAUCUUUUCAUUAGACUCCCACAGGCCCUUGGACUGGUGAAGAAGAACCGGAUCGACCGCAACGGGCGUGACGAGGCGUCCAUGACCGUGGGCGGCUUCCUCACGUCGCGCCUCAAGAUGAUUUCCUCCAUCAUGAACUUCCUACGAGACCCGAGUCCUCUGCGGGUGCGCCGAUCCUUGCUGAGGUCAGACCAGGCCGCGGCGCGCACGGCCGGCGACGGGGAGCGGCCGGAGGCGCAGGACCCGCGGCGCAGCGCGCGCUCCCGCCGCUUUACUCGCGGUAUGAACGCGUGGUACGGAGACCUCCUCGGCCGCAACGCCGAGGGCAGGCAGGGAGCAGGAGGAAUGGCGGCCAAGGUCGUGUCCGCGCUGGGCGGGGGGCGUGACCUGCAGGCCGCCGCCAGCGCUGAGGCGGUGCCAGCGCUCCUGGAGGCGACGCUAGCGCUGUCUGGCGGCGCCCACCCGCACUGUCUCCAGCGCGUCCUGUGCCGCAUCAGCGCUCAGCAGCAGACGCUCUCCCUCGCGCCGCGCCUCGCUCUGCAGCUUCUCAGCAACAAACUGGCCGAGGGAGCGGCCAGUCCUGAGGACCACCUGAAGGCCGUCGCCGCUGGCCGCAGGGGCGAGGAUUGCGGGAAAUCUUUCCCGCAUUGCCGCCAGGAGCCGCAGGAGGAACCGCGGCUUCCCAGUGAGCUUGGGGAUCCGUAGAUAACCCGUUUUUACCAAAGAUUUCUCUGUUACACUAUUUUACCUGUGUAUCCGGUUUGCUUAUUUAUAUAUUUAUGUACGUUUUGUUUUUCUCAGUGACUGACAGAAGACUUGCCGUACAAAGUUCAAUAAACAAAACAGUUAGCAUGUGGUCUUCCAGCUCCAUGUUUUAUAUAUAUAUUUUUUUUUUUUUUUUUUUUUUCCAUGUAGAUGGUUUUUGUUACGUUCGCGGGUGAUCCAGGUCUGAAAAGGAAAGAGACAGUGAGAAGAAUGUACCACUUACUUUUAAGAAGCACUUGGAGAUCCGGCUUUGUGACUGGUUAUCCAUGCUGGAUUCGCUCAACCUUAUAUUACACGUGUUGAUUACACGUCCUUACUUCUCAAAUAAAGAAAAUACAUUGGGGAAAGUCGAAAACCGUUUUCAUUAUUUAGGUCUCUGGUCAAAAUGUAGGUCCUUUAAACAAUUCAGUUGUUCAUUUUAUUCCCUUAUACUCUCUCUCUCUCUCUCUCUCUCUCUCUCUCUCUCUCUCUCUCUCUCUCUCUCUCUCUCUCUCUCUCUCUCUCUCUCUCUCUCUCUCUUACUCCUCCCUUUGUAUCGUAUGUCAAAAGCGGAAAACGAUCAAGUAAAACCGACUUUCCCCGACUUUCUUCUUCUUUCUCAAGAUUAUCCUACGAAAUACCCCCUGGUGAGGCAGUCUUGAUCUUUUCCAGCCUAUUGUAAUGAUAGAAAGACAAAUAUCAAUAAAAUCCACUUAAGCCU